AUGAUCAGUAGAGAUGAUAUUUUCAGCUGGUGCCUCGCCGUCGUCGAUAUUUUAGUCAUUAUUAUUUUAUCUGUGGCGUAUUACUGUUAUAUUCAAUACUACGGCGAGCAAAACCUAAAAGACAAGUAUCUGAGCGAGCGGCAGAAGCGCAACCAGCUGAAUCCGAUGAAAGACCUUUUUCAAUUUUUGCUCAAAUACUUCAAUGAAAAUCAAUCCAAAGAAAACCGAAGCAUAGAAAAGGCUUCAAGAAAAUGA